AUUGAUCUUCACCAGCGUGCCAUUGUCCUCAAGAGCUGAUUACUCAUUAUCCUCCGGAAAACGCCGUACUUCAAUCGUUGGCUCGGUCAAUGGGAAUUAUUCUUGAUUUUCACGAUUGUUUGCUUCGUGACGAGGACCUAGUGACCCUUAACGAAGGGGAGUGGGUCAAUGAUAAUAUCAUUCAGUUCGCUAUGGAAUAUUUGAGGCGUACUUUAUUGGCUACUGUUGAUAACGUUUUGCUUGUUGAUCCUGCGGUCACUCAAAUUGUGAAGUUGGCUGAUGCGCGCUCUGUCGCAAUGGUUUUGGAUUCCUUGAACUGCAAGCACAUUGAUUGGAUUUUUUACGCAAUAAACGACUCCUUAUCUACUACGAGUUCGGGUGGUACUCACUGGUCCUUAUUAGUAAUGUCCCCAACGCAUGAAAAGUCAUACCAUUUAGACUCACUACCAUCCGAAGGAAACUAUGGUUGUGCGUUGAAGAUAGCUGACGCAAUGGCAGAACACUGUGACAGAAGUGGUCUGAGAACAGUAUUGCAGACGAAUGUAGCAAAACAAAGAAAUAGUUGGGAUUGUGGCUUAUAUGUUAUUGUGUUUUUGGAAAUCCUCUGCAAGAACUUGUUCGAAACGAAGGGAUCAGCACUCAUGCUGGAUAGCGUGGCCUCAGAAUCUGUCAGCAGCUCGGUUCUUUCCAAGCGUUCUGUACUGAAGAAGCUCAUUGCAAAGCUUUCUAGCGCGGACAAUUAA